AUGGCUAUGCUGAGAAGUCUUCUGCUUCUUUUCAUUGUGUUCUCCAUUGGAAAUACACAAGUUAAUUCAUUUGGAAAAUGCCCCUAUGGAUGGCUAAAUUUUGGAGUCCGAUGCUACAAGAUCGUCUCUCAACCGGCCAACUGGAUCAUAGCAGAGAGGAGCUGCCAAAGUUUGGGUGGAAAUCUUGCAUCUGUACAUAGUACAAUAGAACAAGAGUUUCUCCUGAAUCUGUGUCCAUCCUCCACAUACUGUUGGAUUGGUGCUCAUGAUGGUAGCCAUGAAGGACAGUGGUUGUGGACUGAUGGAACUCCGUUUGACUUUGCCCACUUUACCCCUGGACAACCUGACAACUAUCAGGGUAACGAGAACUGCUUGCAGCUCAACUGGCCUACCAACCGUUGGAAUGAUGCACGUUGUACAAUUUCACUGGCUUAUAUUUGUGCUAAAUACCUGUGA